UUUCAGAUUUCAAUGAUGUGUGUGCAGAAAGUUGAAAAAAUAAGUAACAACUCGAAAAUCAAAAAGACAACAAAAAGAGACGCAAAACCAAAGAAACCGAAAAUGUGGAGAGUUAUUGCUCAAAAGUUAGUUGAAACUAUUGCACACGAAAUGAAAAUAUCAGAAAUUAUGGAUUUAUCAAUUAUGGCAGAAACUAUCAGCAAUGGAUGUAAUGAGAGAAUAAAGAAACACUUUAAAAAUCUCCAGUUUCGAUAUUUGAAUACAUUGGAAAUUGAGGUGAACGGCGAGAAAAUGACAGUUUUCAACAUUAUAUCGUUUAUUGAAUAUCUUGGAACAUACAAUAUUUGCAUCAACUAUGCAGAAUUCAAAAAUUUUCCAACGGAUGGAGUUCUUCGAAAAGCUUUAUUUGAAGCUGUGCAAAGAAUAUCUAAAAAGACGAUAUUAUUUCAAAUAUUUGAUGACACGAUUUCUUUUGAUGAAAUAUCAUUGAUAGCACUUUUCAAAGAAAGUUCAAGUGUUGCUCCAGUAGUUUUGAAAGAUUAUUUGAAAGAGCGAGUUCCAGUUAAUGCUAAAUAUAUCGAAUUACAUUUAAAUUCACUAGAGACUUCUGUACUUCCAAAGUUUUUUAGGAAGAAGCUCAUGGAGCUAAUCAACCCAAGAAAAAUGGAAAUAUACUUCAACAUCAAUAAUGAAAUCCCUCCAACUUUUCAAACUUCUUCCUUUGAUGAUACUUAUUUGUUUCAAAGGGACAAUAUCAAAGAAAUUAUAAAUGAUAACUUGCAGUUUUUGAAUUUUUAUUUCAAUUGCUCAAAGGCAUCCGGCAUUCAGAAUUUUUAUUUUAAAUUGCACAAUAUUGAGAUCUCCUAUUUUCUUUAGAAUUAUAAAAUAUGAUUUUUUUAAAUAUAAAUAUUUAUUCAUAAAAUUUUGAGAAAUGUU